UUCAUAACUAUGAAAUGAACGCCACAGCGGAAUAAAACAUCAGUAAACUAUGCAAUUUUUGCAUAAUAUAUUUUGUAUUAUUUUAUGUUUUUUGUUUAGCUUAGAUCACUUUAAAGCAGAAAACCUCAACAUAAGCACUGUGACGCUAAAGACGCAUCUAAACGAGAGUAAAGAGCUGAUGAUAGAUGAUGAAGAAAUUACACGACGAGUUGUGAAUGGAGUUAAAGCCAAUCUUGGCCAGGUACCAUUCAUAGUAUCAUUCAAGGGGGGGUCGUGGUCGCGGGGCGUGUUCAGAGGCACUAACUACUGCGGGGGCACCCUCGUGGCACCAGCCAAGAUCCUCUCAGCCGCGCAUUGCUUCUGCAGAACCAAAAAGACUUGCGGAAUCGCAAGAAAUACCCCAAAAAGUUUAAAAAAUAAAUUUGCCGUAAUGGGCCAGUUGACUAAUAAAGCUACCUACUCCUCUAAAAAAAAAAACGAAGGACAAUGGCGAACACUUAAAAAUCUCACUUAUCAUUCAAGUUAUAGUUUUCCUCAAAAUGAUAUUGCUAUUUUGUUUACAACAGAACCGUUUGAAUUAAAUCAGCAAGUGAAUACAAUAAACUUUGCACGGAGUCACAAAGAUUAUACAGGACACUGCACUGUUGCUGGGUUUGGACGAACUGAAACAAAUAAGGCAUCGUCACACUUGCUGAUGGCCACGGUACAGAUCAUUCGCACUCACGAGUGCAGACGGCGGGUUGGAAGGAGGCACAGAAACCUACACACUUACAAAAUAAUAUGCAGCACAAAAUCCAUAGCGGAUACUGGCAAGGGUGACUCCGGAGGGCCGUUGUUUUGCAGCAGCACCGGAGAAAAAGGAGAGUCAUCGUUUGGGAUCCUAGUGGGGAUCGUGUCUGGAACCGUCCCUAGAAGAACAGGGGUGUCAUUUUACACUAGGACCUCAUCUUUUGCAGGUUAUAUUGAUAGAAACGAAGCGAGACCAAUGAUGCAAUACACUCACUCAAUGUGUGUAGGUAUAUUUUUGAUAUUAAAUUUAUGCAAUGGUAGACCUUAAAACUUUUGUGAUUGAUAUAUUUUAAGAUCAAUUUUAUGAAU